AUGGAGCAUGGGAACACCACCUCAGAUUUCAUUCUCCUAGGACUCUUCGACCACACCACAGCCCACCAAAUCCUCUUUGGCAUUACUCUUGCAGUGAUGAUCUCCUCCCUCCUUGGCAAUGCCCUCAUGGUCCUCCUGAUCCAGCAGGACCCCCGGCUGCACACGCCCAUGUACUUCCUGCUGAGCCAGCUCUCCCUCAUGGACCUCAUGCUGGUCUGCACCAUUGUGCCCAAGAUGGCGGCUGCCUACCUGACUGGAAGGAAGUCCAUCUCUCCAGUGGGCUGUGGGAUGCAGAUUACCUUCUUUCAGACAACUGGAGGAGCAGAGUGCUUCCUCUUAGCAGCCAUGUCCUACGACCGCUAUGUGGCUGUGUGCCACCCGCUGCGCUAUGCCACCCUCAUGAGCUGGCGGCUGUGUCUGAGAAUGGCUUUGGGGUCCUGGUUCCUGGGGGCAGCUGAUGGGAUCAUGCAGGCUGCUGUUACCCUCAGCUUCCCAUUCUGCAGCAGACAUGAAGUUGAUCAUUUCUUCUGUGAGGCCCCCACCCUGGUGCGUUUGGCCUGCUCUGACACCUCUGCCUUUGAAUAUUUCAUGUACAUCUGCUGCAUCCUGAUGCUACUGAUACCUGUGUUCCUCAUCCUGACUUCCUACAGCCUCAUCCUGUCUGCUGUCCUGCACAUGCGCUCCACAGAGGCCCGCAAGAAGGCCUUUGCCACCUGCUCCUCCCAUGUGGCAGUCGUGGGUCUCUUUUAUGGGGCUGCCAUCUUUAUCUACAUGAGACCCACAUCCUACAGGUCAGCCAGCCAUGAUAAGGUCGUGUCAGCCUUCUAUACUAUUUUUUCCCCAAUGGUGAACCCCAUGAUCUACAGUUUGAGGAACAGUGAGGUCAAAGGAGCCCUGAGGAAGUGUAUGAGGCAGUGUGUUAACUUAAGUGAGUGA